CAGCACCAGCACCAGCACCGCCGCCACACGAUCCUGAUCAGCAGUUCCAGCAGCCAUAGCUACAGCAACUCCAAACUCCAAACUCCCGGCCUGCCUCUCUCUCUGCUCCCGAAUUUCGCAUAAUUGGCCAAAAGUCACUUGCCGACCGUUUCCUUCGUUGCUUUGUAGUUAGCCGCCAGACGGAGCGUCGCCAGAGCCAGGUCAGAGAUACAACUGCCCCCCCACCGCUGCAAGGCAGAGACGAGGCAGGCAGACAGGCAGCUCCCAAUCAUGCUGGUGCCGCCGGAUAUGUUGGCCGCCCAGACGCGCAUGAUCUACCAGAUGAAUCGCUACUGUGCCGAGCGUGUCCAGAGCCGCAUGUUCAAGACCUCGACAGCCAUACGGGAGAUCUGCAAGAUUAUCCAGGACAUACUCAAGGAGGUGGAGCUGCAGGAGCCGCGUUUCAUCUCAAGUCUCGUCGAGUGUAAUGGCAGGUUCGAGGGCGUUGAGGUCAUCUCACCGAAUGAGUUCGAGAUUGUGCUAUAUCUCAACCAGAUGGGCGUCUUCAAUUUCGUGGACGACGGCACCCUGCCCGGCUGUGCGGUGCUGAAGCUAAGCGACGGCCGCAAGCGCUCCAUGUCGCUGUGGGUGGAGUUCAUCACCGCGUCCGGGUAUCUGUCGUCGCGGAAGAUACGCUCCCGGUUCCAGACGCUGGUGGCGCAGGCCUGCGACAAGAGCAUGUACCGUGACAUGGUGAAGGUCAUUGGCGACACCAGCGAGGUGAAGCUGCGGAUCAGGGAGCGCUAUGUGGUGCAGAUUACGCCGGCGUUCAAGUGCUCCGGCAUCUGGCCACGGUCGGCGGCCCACUGGCCCAUGCCGCACAUUCCCUGGCCGCAUCCGAAUAUCGUCGCCGAGGUGAAGACGGAGGGGUUCGAUCUGCUAUCCAAGGACAGCGCCGCCAUGCAGAACAAGAACAACAAUGCGGCCAGCAUGGAGGGGGAUGCCUGGGUGCUCAGCUUCUACGAGGCCGAGAAUCGUCUGCUGCAGGGUGGCUGCCGCCGUCGCUGCCUGAGCAUGCUGAAGACGCUGCGUGACCGGCAUUUGGAGCUACCCGGCAAUCCGAUCAGCGCCUAUCACUUGAAGAAUCUGCUGCUGUACGAGUGCGAGAAGCAUCCGCGGGACUACGAGUGGGACGAGAGCUGCAUUGCCGAUCGCAUCAAUGGCAUCUUCCUGCAGCUGAUCUCCUGCCUGCAGUACCGCCGAUGUCCCCACUACUUUCUGCCCAGCCUGGACAUGUUUAAGGGCAAGUCGCCCAGCGCCCUGGAGCAGGCGGCCAAGCAGGUCUGGCGCUUGACCAGAGAGAUGCUGACCAAUGCCAAUGCCUUUGAGAAGUUGUAAAAAGGGGUAACAGAGCCUCUGAGUCUCUGAAUCUCUGAGUCUCGGGUGUGAGUGUGUGCGAGUGCGAGUGUUUUCGUCGGGUGGGUACUCGACUCGAUAAAGGUGCUAAAUUUUCAUUGUCGCUGCGAUUGCAGUGCCGAGAUGAUCUGAGAUAAGGCCAAGUGAGAGCUGCUGCUGCUGCUGCCUCCCUCCAUCCCUCACCAUCCGUUCAUCCUCAUUCCACAUCCCAUUCGCGGCUGCCAUUUUGUAUCUGUGCCAUGAGUGUAUCUGCAUCUGCAUCUGUGUGUGUGUGUGUGUUUGCGUCAAAGGCGAAGUGUUAAUGCAAAGAUGCGAGAUAAGUCCACUCCCCAUUCGACUCCUUGGCAUUGGCAUUGCCCAUCGAGGCAUGCCCUGCCCCUGCCCAUGCCCGGCUUAGCCUGCGAAUAUUGUUUUUAAUAACUCAAACAUCCUUUGUUACCGUCUGUCUGGCUUUUCCCGUCCUAGUCCGUGUCCAUGUCCAUGUCCAUGUCCAUGUCUGUCCACCCGUUAAGCGAACAAUGAGGGCUGGCAAAAGGAACAUUUGGCCAGGCGGCUCCUUUUACAGCAUUCAACAUUCAGCAUCGUGCCCGAGCGGAGCAGAGCAGAGCAG